AUGACUCUCCAUCUCGUGGGAGUGGGUGUUACGCACUCUAUCGCCUACAGCAUGCACAACUAUAUCGCAGCCUCCCUUGGCCUUCCCUGGAAAUUCUACUCUACGGAGUGUCCUACAAUUGAGGAUGUUCUCAAGCUCGCAAAAGCUCCGACUACGGCCGGACUGGUAGUGACGAUGCCAUACAAGAACUCGAUUAUGAAGCAUCUUGACGAGCGGGAUGAUUUGGCAGACAUCAUUGGCGCAUGCAACAACAUCUACUACAAGCAAGGUAGUCAGCGCCUCCUCUGUGGCACAAACACCGACUGGCGAGGAGUCAAGGGCUGUCUCCUUGAAAAGGGCGAUGAGAGCAGAAGACCGUCGGCAACCUCGCCUGCCCCUGGUCUGAUUGUAGGAGCUGGAGGUGCGAGUCGUGCUGCUAUCUAUGCUCUCUCAGAGCACUUGCAUUGCCACGAUAUUUAUGUCCUGAAUCGUGAUGACCAGGAGGUGGUCAAUCUCAUCCAAGAUUCACGAAAGCUACCGAAUCCUCCCAACAUCGUUCAUGUAAAGAGCCAGCAGCAAGCUGAGGGACUGGCCAGUCCGUACUAUGUUAUUGGCACAGUACCCGAUUUUGAGCCCCAAACCGAGACUGAAAUUGAGGUUGCGGCCAUGCUUAAGUCUUUCCUGUCGCGUCCUGACAAGGGAGUGUUAUUGGAUAUGUGCUUCAAGCCCAGGCGGACCAGAAUGAUAAAAUUGGGCGAGACUUUGAGCUGGCCAUGUGUGGAAGGAACACAUAUCAUUGGCUACCAGAUUCAUGAACAAUGGCGUUUGUGGGCUGGGGACGAGUGUUUGCAGAAAUUGGAUCAGAAGGGGGCUUGGGAGGUUUUGCUCCAGGCAGCCGAGGAGAGCAAGGGGAUUAAUUUCUAG